CCACCCAAUCAAGCUGCGUUCUUGGAAUUGGAUCCCUCCCUUGUUCUCCACCUGAGAGCGGAGAGACGGAUCCGUGCCUCAGAGGCUCAGAGGAGCGAGAAACACACAGAGAGAGAAACACAGCAAAAGUGAGAGCAAAAACAAGGCACACAAGAAGACAGUUGAACUUUUACAGAAAACAAAAAGUGCCUCUCAAACAGAAGAAGAUAGAGCGAUUUUUGUUUUUUAUUCUUGUGAAAGAGACUCGAGAGGAAAACCUGAAUUCCCAGGAGAGCGGUGUAUCUGUAUCAACAAAGCAAUGAGCUCACUCUCUUUGGAUUGAAUGAACAUAAAGGAAAGAAACACUCCUGAGAAGAAAUUGGAUCCCAAAAAUGUGGACAAAAGGGUGAUGAAGAGAAACUAACAUGGAUUUAAGGACUGCCCGAUCAGUCUUUUUGAAACUUUCUGGAACACGUUUUUUUCUUUUUCAGCAAUGUUUUCUUCAUUUCUUUUCCUGCUCAGUCUACAGUCAAAUCAAAAUGUAGUCUUUUUGCUAGUUCCCAAAAGGUCCAGGUUUGGACAUUAGAAUACCAGUAGCGUGUUGGACCAGAUAUUUGAGACAUGUCUCAAGAAGAUGUAAGAAGCACCAAAAGCAUUGGGGCUGAAAGUGGCACUUCAGACCACUGCAAUGGCCACUCUCAGAGCCAAGUACUGGACCAGGAUCUGCAGGGAGAGUGCCAAAGCCAGGAUGGGAUAGUUCUAGAGCGUAUCGCCUCUCUUUCUCUGGACAUGUUUGACCCCAGUGACUUCACAGGGAGGUUUACUAAGAUCCAGUCUAGGUCCAGGAAGAGGAUGGGGAUCAUCAGAGCCUCUCCAGUGGGAUUUAAGCCCCCCCUCCCGCCAGUCAGUGGAAGCUUGGGAGAGAGGAAGGGUCCUGUCAUCAUGGCGCCCGUCAACGUGGACCCUGAGAGUAAGCCGGGCGAGUUCGUCCUGAAAAGCCUCUUCGCAAACUUCACUCUGCUCUCUGAACGCAAGAUUCGCAUCAUCAUGGCCGAACCCCUGGAGAAGCCCCUCAACAAAUCUCUGCAGAGGGGAGAGGAUCCACAGUUCGACCAGCUGAUCAGCACAAUGAGUUCUCUCGCCGAGUACUGCCUGCCCUCCAUCCUGAAAACUCUGUUUGACUGGUACAAAAGGCAGAACGGCCUGGAGGACGAGUCGCAUGAGUAUCGACCCAGGGCCAACACCAAGUCAAAAAAUGAUGAGCAACAGAAGGACUACUUAUUGGAGCGGAGGGAUCUGGCAAUAGACUUCAUCUUUUCUCUUGUGCUUAUAGAAGUUUUGAAGCAGAUCCCCCUCCAUCCUCUUUUGGAUGGACUCAUCCAAGAAGUCAUAAACUUGGCCUUCAAGCACUUCAAAUACAAGGAGGGGUAUCUGGGACCCAACACAGGCAACAUGCACAUCGUGGCUGACCUCUACGCGGAGGUUGUGGGAGUUGUAGCUCAGUCGAGAUUUCCCGGAGUGAGAAAGAAAUUCAUCUCUGAGCUGAAGGAGCUGCGGCAGAAGGAGCAGAGCCCGUAUGUCAUCCAGUCCACCAUCAGCCUCAUCAUGGGACUCAAGUUCUUCCGCAUCAAAAUGUACCCCGUGGAAGACUUUGAAGCCUCCUUCCAGUUCAUGCAGGAGUGUGCACAGUAUUUCCUGGAAGUGAAGGAUAAGGACAUCAAGCACUCAUUAGCAGGACUGUUUGUGGAGAUACUUGUACCUGUAGCUGCUACUGUGAAGAAUGAGGUAAAUGUGCCGUGUCUACGCAACUUUGUAGAGAGCUUGUACGAUACCACACUGGACCUGUCCUCUAGGAAGAAGCACUCUCUGGCUCUGUAUCCUCUGGUGACCUGCCUGCUGUGUGUCAGUCAGAAGCAGUUCUUCCUCAGCCGCUGGCACAUUUUCCUCAACAACUGCCUCUCAAAUCUCAAGAAUAAAGAUCCCAAGAUGGCCCGUGUGGCUCUGGAAUCACUCUACCGCCUGCUGUGGGUCUACAUGAUCCGAAUCAAAUGUGAGAGCAACACUGGAACACAGAGUCGUUUGACGUCCAUCACCUCCACUCUGUUCCCCAAAGGGAGUCGGAGCGUCGUGCCCAGAGACAUGCCCCUCAAUAUCUUUGUCAAGAUUAUACAGUUUAUUGCACAGGAGAGACUGGAUUUUGCCAUGAAGGAGAUCAUAUUCGACCUGCUGAGUGUUGGGAAACCUGCCAAAGCGUUCAGUCUCAACCCGGAGCGUAUGAACAUAGGUCUGCGGGCUUUCCUGGUGAUAGCAGACGCUCUGCAACAGAAGGAUGGAGAGCCUCCUAUGCCCAACACAGGAGCCACUCUGCCGUCUGGAAACUCGCUGAAAAAGAAGAAAACGUAUCUCAGCAAGACGCUCACUGAAGAGGAAGCCAAACUAAUAGGAAUGUCCCUGUACUACUCCCAGGUGCGAAAGUCUCUGGACAACAUCCUGAGACACCUUGAUAAGGAGGUGGGUCGUUGUAUGAUGCUCACCAGCGUCCAGAUGCUCAACAAAGAACCAGAGGACAUGAUCACGGGGGAAAGGAAGCCUAAAAUCGACCUGUUCAGGACGUGUGUGGCAGCCAUUCCUCGAAUCCUUCCUGAUGCCAUGUCCAAACCUGAGCUCAUUGACCUACUUUCACGACUGACGGUGCACAUGGACGAUGAGCUCCGUCUCAUUUCGCAGAACUCCCUGCAGAGUCUAUUACUCGAUUUCUCAGACUGGAGGGAAGACGUCUUGUUUGGUUACACACAUUUCCUUUUGCGGGAGGUCCAAGACACCCAUCAGGGUCUGCAGGACGCAUCUGUGAAGCUCCUCCUCCAGCUGCUCACACAGUGGAGGUUAGCUCUGCAGCUCCAGGGGAAGACGCGAGGGGGAGUUGAGUCCAGCCCCAGACUGCCAGAGAGAAGCCCCCACUGCUCAGUGCUCCAUGCUGUUGAGGGCCUGGCUCUGCUGCUGCUCUGCUCAUGUCAGAUCAGCACGAGGAAGCUGGCAGUCGGUGUGUUAAGAGAAAUACGCUGCCUCUUCACAGCUCUGGGACAUGCUGAGGAUGAUGACAAACCCAUGAUAGAGGUCAUGGACCAGCUGAGCCCAGCUGUAAUGGACAGCUUUGUUCAUGUGGCUGUCUCUGACUCUUCCACCUUGCCCCUCAACCACCAUGUUGACCUGCAGUGGCUGGUGGAGUGGACAGCUCGACUUGUGAGCAGUUCCUACGAUGUGAAGAGUCCCAGCCAUGUCUGGAUCUUUGCCCAGUGCAUGAAGGACCCGUGGGUGCUCUGUCUGCACAUCUUCUUGCGGCAAGAACACCUGCCUAAACACUGCCCCACCGCUCUUGGAUACGCCUGGCCCUACGUGUUCACACGCCUACAGCUGCUACUGCCACUGGUUGACCCAAACAGCCCAGUGAAUGCUAAGAAGACGAGCACAGCAGGCUCCAGCGACAACUACAUCUCUCUGUGGCGUAACUACCUGAUCCUGUGUCUGGGCGUGGCUAAGCCGAGCAUCAUGUCGCCCGGUCACCUCAGGGCUUCCACACCUGAGAUCACUGCCACGACGCCCGAUGGCAGCAUCACCUAUGACAACAAGGUGAUCGGCACUCCCUCCGUAGCCUGGCUCCUAAAACAACUUGUCCCUCUCAUGAGAGCUGAGAGUUUGGAGAUCACUGAGUCUCUGGUGCUGGGGUUUGGAUGCACCAACGCCCUGGUCUUCAGAGAGCUGGUCGAAGAACUCCAUCCGCUGAUGAAGGAGGCACUGGAACGGAGGCCUGAGAACAAGAAGCGCAGAGAGAGGAGAGAUCUUCUCAGGCUGCAGCUGCUUAGGAUCUUUGAACUGUUGGCUAAUGCAGGAGUCAUCAGUGACAGCACCAACGGGGCUCUGGAGCGUGACUCCCUGGCUUUGGGUGCUUUGUUCCUGGAGUAUGUGGAUCUCACCAGGAUGCUUUUAGAGGCUGAGAAUGAGAAGGAGCUGGACGUGCUUAAGGACAUCAGAGCACAUUUCAGUGGGAUGGUGGCUAAUAUCAUUCAGUGUGUUCCUGUCCACCACAGGCGCUUUCUCUUCCCUCAGCAGUCUCUGAGACACCACCUCUUCAUCCUCUUCAGCCAGUGGGCUGGACCCUUCAGUGUCAUGUUCACUCCCCUCGACCGUUACAGCGACCGCAACCACCAGAUCACCCGCUACCAGUACUGUGCUCUCAAGGCCAUGUCAGCAGUUCUGUGUUGUGGUCCAGUGUUUGACAAUGUGGGACUCUCUACUGACGGCUAUCUCUACAAAUGGCUCGACAACAUAUUGGCAUGCCAUGAUCUACGGGUGCACCGUUUGGGUUGUGAGGUGGUCAUCCUGCUCUUAGAACUGAACCCAGACCAAAUCAAUCUUUUCAACUGGGCUGUGGACCGCUGCUUCACUGGAUCUUACCAGCUGGCAUCCGGCUGCUUCAAGGCCAUUGCCACCGUCUGCGGUAACAGGAAUUACCCAUGUGACCUUGUGACUUUGCUCAAUCUGGUAUUGUUCAAGGCCUCGGACACCAGCAGGGAAAUAUACGAGAUUUCUAUGCAGCUGAUGCAGGUGCUCGAGUCGAAGCUGUCUGCAUACUCAAAACGCAUGGUGGAGCAGAAGCCUGGUAAUAUUUUAUAUGGGACACACGGCCCACUGCCUCCACUGUACAGCGUCAACCUAUCUCAACUCUCCAUCCAGCUGGCCAGCAUGUACCCCGAGCUCACGCUGCCUCUUUUCUCAGAGGUGAGCCAGCGUUUCCCCACCACCCACCCUAACGGCAGACAGAUCAUGCUCUCCUACCUGCUGCCCUGGCUAAGUAACAUUGAGCUUGUGGACACAGGGCUCCUGCCCCCUGCCUCGAGCCCCUGCACUCCUGAGGAAGGUCCUCAGGGUCAGGGUGUCGCUCUGCCCCCCUGUCUGCGAGGUAACGGCUGGGGCUCCCUGCAGGCGACCUCGCUUGUGCUCAACAACCUCAUGUUCAUGACUGCUAAGUAUGGAGAUGAAGUUCCUGGCCAAGAGAUUGAGAAUGCUUGGAAUGCUCUGGUAUCCAACGAGAGAUGGGGCAACAACUUACGGAUCACUCUACAGUUCCUUAUCAGCCUGUGUGGAGUCAGCAGUGAUACAACACUGUUACCUUAUAUCAAGAAGGUGGUGAUCUACCUGUGUCGCAACAACACCAUCCAGACUAUGGAGGAGCUCAUUUUUGAGCUGCAGCAGACUGACCCAGUCAACCCUGUGGUCCUGCACUGUGACAACCCUCCCUUCUAUCGCUUUGCUGCCAGCAACAAAGCCUCAACCUCACAGACAGGCACCACCUCCAGCAGUAACACUGUAGUGGCUGGUCAGGAUAAUCUGCCAGACACAGAUGAGACCAAGCUGGUCAGAGAGAGUGAAGAACGCAGGGCAAGGGCUCACAACAGGCUGGAGUCUCGCUACAGCAACAGCUCAGGAGGCUCCUACGAGGACGAAAAGACUGACCCUCUCCCACCAUAUGCUGGAUGGCUCCUCGGCGUUCUGGAGACCAACCACCCACAGCCGUUACCCAUGCCUGUUAAUGGAGGCUGCUGGGCUCCUCUGGUCGACUACCUCCCAGAAACCAUCACACCCAGAGGACCGCUGCAUAGGUGUAACAUAGCAGUAAUCUUCAUGACUGAAAUGGUAGUGGAUCACAGUGUGAGGGAGGACUGGGCUCUACACCUGCCUCUGCUACUACAUGCACUCUUCUUGGGUCUGGAUCACUACAGACCAGAGGUGUAUGAACACAGUAAACGUCUCCUUCUCCACCUCCUCAUCGCCCUGUCCUGCAACAACAACUUCCAGGUUAUAGCCUCUGUCUUGAUGCUGACCAGAGAGAUCAGUGACAACAAAACCCUCACCAUCAAGUCCAGCUACCACACAGAGUACCAGCAGUCACAUGCACCUGACUUUCUGAGAGAGUGGCAGGCUUCUCCAGUGGUGGAUUCGGGCCUCAGCUCCACCUCAAACUCCUCCUCUGCCAGUCUGGGCGGGGGCAGCACUGCAGGCAGUGUUGGAAAUUUGCCCCUAGUGACACCUGACGACCUAGAGGACCUGGACGACAUGCCCAGCGAGACGGACGAGAAGACGAAUAAACUCAUCGAGUUUCUCUCCACCAGUGCCUGGAGUACUGUGUUGUCAUUGCUCAGAGCGUUUGGGCCGCUGUGGGUGCACGAGGACAUCACACCAAAGAACCCGAACUCCAAGAGCACGGACCAGCUGUCAAACUUCCUACGCCACGUCAUCUCUGUGUUCAAGGAGUCCAAGUCAGACUUCCACCUGGAGCAGCAGCUGAGUGAUGUGGCUUUACAGACCGCCCUGUGCAGCUCCUCGCGUCACUACGCUGGGCGCUCUUUCCAAAUCUUCAGAGCCCUCAAACAGCCUAUCAACAACCACGCUGUCGCUGACCUGGUCUCACGCCUGGUUGAGGUGGUGGGAGAACACGGCGACGAAGUGCAGGGCUAUGUGAUGGAGGUGCUGCUGACGCUGGAGUCAGUGGUGGUGAAUCUCGCAGAAUGUCUGAAAAACAGCGACCUUAUGGCAGCUCUGACCAGGACCUCCUCGCCAGACUUUGUGACCAGUGACAAACUAAUGAACAGAAAGAGCACAGGUCAAUUGAACUUCCCCGGACCAGGAUUUGUCGGCCUUUCAUCACAACGGCACCAACGGUCCUACUCAGUCCCCAAAAAGUUUGGCGAGAGUGGCCACCAUGCAAGUGAUCCUCCUCGCAGUGCAACAUUGGAUCGCAUACAGGCGUGCAACAGUCAUGGCCUCGCCAGAACAGGAAGAACCCCUGGGUCCUGCACAUCAUCGACCAAUCGUAUUGAUCCCAGUGUUUUAUCAGAUCCAGCCCAUAUUUCCCAUCCGUCAUCCAUACUGGCCACAGUGUUCUGGGUGGCAGUGUCGCUCAUGGAGUCAGACUUUGAGUUUGAAUAUCAGAUGUCACUUCGCCUUGUUCACAAGUUACUGUCAAAGGUGCCUUUGGAUAGAGCAGAGAACCGUGAACGCCUCGAGAAGCUGCAGGCUCAGCUGAGGUGGAGCGGCUUCUCUGGGAUUCAGCAGCUUUUGUUGAAGGGUUUUACCUCGCAGGCCACUUCAGACCUCACCUUACAGCUCUUCUGCCAGCUCACACCAGUCUCCCGUGUGCCAGUUGUUGACAGCUCACAGUCCAUAGGUUUCCCUCUGAACGUUCUGUGCCUGCUGCCUCACCUGGUGCAGCACUUUGGCCAUCCAAAUCAGUUUUGUAAGGAGAGUGCCGAGAGGAUUGCACAGGUGUGUUUGGUGGAGAAGCACACAAAGCUGUCCCAUCUAGCCCAUGUGAUGACUCUUUAUAAAACACGCUCAUACACACGGGACCCUUUCUCCUGGGUCAGUGUUGUUUGCCGCUACCUCCAUGAGGCUUUCUCUGACAUCACACUCAACAUGGUCACCUAUAUGGCUGAGCUUCUGGAUAAGGGCCUUCCCAGCAUGCAGCAGUCUCUCCUACAGAUCAUCUACUGUCUGCUCAGCCACAUGGACAUGACAUCUGUUCAAGUCAAACAGUUCAACGCUGACGUUACAAAGACCAUUGAAAAGUUUGUCCAGACAGUACACUGGAAGGAUGCCUUAAACAUCUUGAAACUGGUGGUAUCACGCUCCGCCAGCCUAGUUCAUCCGGUGUACGGCCACACACAGGGUGACCUGUCAAACCUAGAGGUCAGCAGGGUGUGGGACGGUUCAUCCAAAGCUCUGCCUGGAAAGACACUGGACUUUACCUUUGACAUCUCUGAGACUCCAGUGAUUGGUCGGCGUUUCGACGAGCUCCAGGGUUCAGGCGGUAGAGAGGGGAAGGCCAGAGCCAUGGCUGUAACCCGCAGUACUUCCUCCACCUCCUCCGGAUCGAACUCCAACACCAUCCUGGUGCCUGUCAGCUGGAGGCGACCACAAUCCUCUCAGAAAAGAACCAGAGAGAAGCUGGUGAAUGUUUUGUCUCUUUGUGGACAAGAAGUCGGACUCACUAAGAACCCCUCUGUGAUCUUCUCAUCCUGUGGCGACUUGGACAUGAUGGAAGUGCGGGAGAGCGGCGUGUCAUCAGAGGAUGGUGGAACCAGAGACGACACGCUGGAUGACACUGCCAGUGAGCAGCAGUUUCGAGUUUUCAGAGACUUUGACUUCCUGGACGUGGAGCUGGAAGAUGGAGAGGAGCUUCAGGGCGAGACUGUCGAUAACUUUAAUUGGGGUGUGCGGCGACGAUCGCUGGACAGCACCGAGCUGGGUGACUUGUUGGAGGAGAGCCAGCACUCAGGCAGCACCCCGAGUUUGGGACACGAGGACCCCCAUGACUCAGACGAGUCCUCAGAGGAAGAGGAGUCUUCAACUAGCCAAAGCCUCUCUCACUCUCAGCUUACUAACCCUUCUCCAUCAGAAGAAACCAAUCACACCGAUUCUCUGUCUACAUCUUACGACACCUCUGCCGACCCCCAAUCCUUCAAUGCCACCACACCGGGCCAGGGUGCGCUCCACGAUGAUCUCAGAGGCAUACAUGGGAGGGUGUGUGGUGAUGACGAGGACACUCAAGCUCAGGAUGACGAGCUGUCACUGAGCGCCAAUGAGCUCCUUCAGGGCUCUGAUGGAGGCGAGAGUUUCACCCUGGAGUUGCCCGGGCAACCUCAGGAUCAGCCACUCAAUCUUGACCAUGGCCUCAACCCAGACUACUGCCAACCACCGCUGGACUUUCUCGACCCAAACUGUCUGCCCAGCUUACGUGAUGAUGUAGAUGAUUUGGAAGACCUUGGUUUUCCUCCUCCCCCCUCUCCAUUUUUCUCCGCCAUCUUGGCAGCCUUCCAGCCCACAGUGUGUGACGAUGCUGAGGAUGCGUGGCGAUGUCACAUCAACCAGCUUGUGACCGACUCGGACGGAUCCUGUGCUGUUCACACUUUUCAAGUCUUCUCGUCUCUUUUUAAGAACAUCCAGGGUAAAUUCUGCCUGCUGACUACUGAUGUUGCCACUUACCUUGGAGAGGGCUUAAGGGGCAUCGGAUCAAAGUUCCUCAGGUCCUCCCAGAUGUUGACUACAUGCUCAGACUGUCCUACAAUCUACAUUGAUGCUGAAACGGUCAUGUCCUAUGGUCUCCUUGAAAAGAUGAAGUUCUCUGCGCUGGAGCUGCAGGAGUAUUUGGAUACCUACAACACCAAAGAAGAUGCUGCCGUAUCGUGGCUGAGGAACUGUAAAGACACAUUUCCCAGGUGCCCCGGUGAGACCGUGGUUACCUGCCAGCCGGGUGACUCGGAGGAGAAGCAAAUGGAGUCUCUUGCACAACUGGAGCUUUGUCAGAGACUCUACAAGCUGCAUUUCCAGCUUCUCCUACUCUUCCAGUCCUACUGCUCACUCAUCGGUCAGGUUCAUGCCAUCAGCUCUGUGCCUGAGCUACUGAAUAUGUCUCGGGAGCUCACUGAUCUGAAGACGAGCCUGCAGGUAGCAGAGGCGGCCGUGGCCAGUGACCUGGAACACAAACUCUUGGCCCACACCCAUGCGCACGCCACCCAGGUGGCAGCCGUGGUUGUUCCCAGCUUCCCCACCUCUGAGGCAGCUGUGCAGGCCAUACUGGAGUGCCUUAAGAACCACGAGUUCACCAAAGCUGUGCGUUACAUCCAGGAGUGCAGGAGGCAGUGGCCUUGUGGAGUGUUCGGUGGGAGCUCAGAGAGCGAGGUCCAGACACUGCUCAAUGUCUACUUCCGGCACCAGACUCUGGGCCAGACUGGAACAAUCGCCCUUGUCGGAUCCCGCCAGGACCUCAGCCUGAUCUGCUCCAAGCUGCUGGAGCUCAACGGGGAGAUCCGCGACAUGAUCCGCCGCGCCCAGGGUUACCGGGUCGUCACAACCUACCUCCCCGACUCCAGCGUCUCCGGGACCAGCCUCUGACAGGACCUCAGGAGCCCCCCACCCCUUCCUCCCCCGCCCUUACUUCAACCAUUGACACUUCCAAAACCAUCCCCACAUCCGUCUCAGUCUGCUCUUACAGAGGAGAUCCAGCACCCGCACACCUGGCCCCUCCCUCCUCCUGUAUGUCUGCUGCCCCGACUGCUCAGCUCCAGACAGAUACCUGGUUACCGCCUCAACCAACACUAGAACAGGAUUUACACCCAAACCUUUCUCUGAUCUCCUCAUCCUCAUCUUCUGUAGACUCUGUUAGCACUUUUCUCGAUUUCGCCAAACCCCCAGACCUGUUCUCAUCGCAGAGCUGCUCAAACACACCAGGCCGACCUGACUUUACACUGCCACGCACAAGAGAGCCGAGGAGGCGUUAUCUGGAUGAAAACACUGAGCUCUAUAAUCCUUUCAGAGGACAUUCAUCACACAGCUCACCUCGCCUGAAAUCAUCCCUCACGUCUCACAUGCUACCGACUGUGGCCUCAGAACCCACCCUGCUCAUGCAGUCUGACAGAAACACUUUGCCCCUUCCCCCUAGAGGCUCACAUCUCCCCCAUUUUCCCAGCCCUCCGUACAAAAACCCAACCCCGUUUCCUGCACUACAUUCAGACCACGAGUCAGUCUUAACGCACAGCCCUGCACCGUCUUCAUCUCUCCUCCUCUCUCCCCUGCCUCCUCCUCCUCCCACCCCUCCUUCCUGUCCCGCUGACCCAGGAGAGGCUGCAGCAUGGGGAUGUUGCUGCUCCCUAGGUGGUUCUGCUACACCUUUAUCUCGCUACCUGGGGAAGGUGGGACAUGCUGCCUUGCCUCUGUUGAAAGCAGGGGGGCUCCUUAAUACUGAACCGUCAGAUGUCCAGACCUGAGAACUGAAACUUUCAACAGAAGAUGAGAGAAAGAGCUUCAAUGUUUAUGAAUUUUAAAGCCUGAAACAAAAAAAGGAGACAACAAUAUCUGAGAAACUUCGUACUGAAUUUACGCUUGACGGAAUAAAUCACUUGACCGGUUGGACACUGCAGAUGGCUGCCUGCUGAUUAAAGAUGAUCAAAUGUGUAUCUAUUCAAGCGCCUGUUUUGCUUUACAGCUUAAUGUUGGGAUCUAGCUGUACUCCUGGUCACAGUCAUGCUUGACGCUCAACACUCAGCAUAAACUGAACUGCACUUGAGGACCUUUUGAAGGCUUUCAACUCGGAUUGGACCUGCUUCCCUGAAAAACUUACAACCUGAUAGAACUUGAUUGACUCGUUGCUGCCCCCUUUGAGGACAUCGUUUGAUGGUAGUUUCAGAGAGAAAACUACUCCUGACACUACGUUACGUCACUGGUAGAGUUUUUUCACGAUUGCACUAAAUGGAAUUUUGGUAUUCGCUUUUAAAACAAAAGGAGAUUAUGUUCGUUUUUUUUGUUGUUACUGUGAGAGAGAAGAGCGCUGCAGCUUUUCCUGGGAAGGGAAAGCCCAAGGCUGGAUUACAUUUUCUCUCUUGUUGUGUCUACUGUUUAAGAUGCUUUGGAGGAAAUUGUGCAAUGCAUGACCCAGUUGAAUGCUCUCUACUGUAUUCCUGUCCCUUAUGCUCCCUAAAAAGUCUGACCUGUGCAGACUGACUGAAAGACUGAUUGACACAGAGCAGAUGCAGAAUAUUCGAGUGCAAUUCCUCGUGCUACCCUGGCUCUGUUUAAAUUUCUGUAUCAGUGAAGCAGCUUGUCUCCUGACUACUGUUGUAAACAUUGGUAGAAUAAUCAUGCCAUUAUCUGUGCACUCCUCUGUGGCUAGUGUUAGCAUCAUUAGCAAAUGUACACACUGUAGAUUUCUGUCCCACACUGUAUCAAGCUGACCUUAUGUUUAAAUGCCAAACAACCGUGCAUGUAUACACUCAGAUAUUUUGUCCGUGUCUGUUACUAGUAAUUGACACACAACCAUUGUAGCAUAUGUUUGUGUGUGGUAUGUAGUUACCUUACACGUAAGGGAAAUGCUGACAUUCAGCGCUCUUUGUUGAUGUUCAAAACAAAACCUGUGCUACUACUGAAGUUCACCACCUCCUGUCGUCGGCCCUUUUUGUAACCGUUUCCCCCAUCGGAAAGCUGUUUGCUGUACAAAUACCCUUUUGUCCUAUUUAUAUCUGAUCUGCUACAAAUCACUCAUUUGACUUAGGUUUUUUUAUUGAUGUUCUUUCAAAUCAAACUGCCAUGCAUGCAUCGUCCGUGUACUGUAUGGAGUGUUUUAAAUAUUUAUUUACAAAAAAAUCAUUUUAUCUGAAAGAUACGUUUGUGUGAGGUACAAAAGGGAGCUUUAAGCUCAUGCGGGUAUGUUUUUUUUUUUUUCCUGUGUGUGGGAGAAUGUUUUUGUGCAUGCCAAACAAGAAAUUGCACAUUUUUAAAGCUUUUUAGAUUCAGACUGUAGUUGUUCUUUUCACCUUGUAAAUACUUUUACAGCCUUUGUGAAGUUGUUUGAGUUUAUGCUCUGUACAAGUUGGUGUCAAAGUAAAAGACAUGAAAUUA